UUCUUUCAAUGGGUUUCUUGAAAUUGGUUCUUGUCUUUUUCACUCUAUACACAGUUUUAGCAACACCCAUCUUACCUGAUUCAUUCUUGAAUUUAGAGGAGGUGAAAAAUAGUUCAACCCAUUUCUUGAAUAUUGCAAAAAGUCCUGGACUUUUUGAUUGGAUGGUGAAAAUUAGGAGGACUAUACAUGAAAAUCCUGAGUUGGGUUUUGAGGAAUUUGAGACUAGUAAACUUAUUAGAAAUGAACUUGAUAAAAUGGGAAUUUCUUAUAAGUAUCCUGUUGCUGUUACUGGUGUUGUUGGUUUUAUUGGGACUGGAAAACCACCUUUUGUUGCUCUAAGAGCUGAUAUGGAUGCUCUUCCUAUACAGGAGGAAGUGGAAUGGGAGCACAAGAGUAAAAUUCCGGGCAAGAUGCAUUCAUGUGGACACGACGCACAUGUUGCUAUGCUUUUGGGUGCUGCUAAGAUUCUUCAGGAGCAGCACGAUGAUUUGCAGGGAACUAUUCUUUUGGUUUUUCAGCCAGCUGAGGAAGGAGGUGGAGGAGCAAAGAAAAUGCUUGAAUCCGGGAUAUUUGAUAAUGUUGAUGCCAUUUUUGGUCUGCAUAUUUCAGCCACUUCUCCUAUUGGCACUGUUACCGCUAGUUCCGGCCCUAUCAUGGCUGGAAGUGGCUUCUUUGAGGCAGUAAUAAAGGGGAAAGGCGGUCAUGCAGCAAUUCCUCAGCACACUAUAGAUCCAAUAUUAGCAGCUUCCAACAUUAUAGUUAGUUUGCAACAUCUUGUUUCGCGGGAAGCAGAUCCCUUGGAUUCACAGGUUGUUACGGUCGCAAAGUUCAAAGGUGGCGGUGCAUUUAAUGUUAUACCUGACUCUGUCACCAUCGGUGGAACUUUCAGGGCAUUCUCAAAAGAAAGUUUCUCGCAACUUAAACAGAGACUCGUAGAGGUUAUCACACGACAAGCUGCUGUACAAAGGUGCAAUGCAACAGUUGACUUCGAUACCAAUAAUAGGCCGUUUUAUCCGGUGACAGUAAAUAAUAAGGCUUUGCAUGAACAUUUCCGAAACGUAGCUGGACAGAUGCUGGGUACCGACAAGAUCAUUGAAAAGAAACCUACGAUGGGCACAGAAGAUUUCUCAUUCUUUGCCGAGGCUUUUCCUGGGUACUUCUACUUACUUGGAAUGGUUGAUGAAACUAAAGGACAAUUUGUGUCAGGGCACUCCCCUUUCUACAGAGUCAAUGAAGAUGCACUUCCAUAUGGUGUUGCUUUACAUGCAUCGUUAGCCACGACUUACCUUCUUGAACAUCAGCUUAAAUCAACCACUAAGGACAGAAUUGUUCGUGAUGAAUUGUAAGGUCCUCCGAGAGUCCUAUAAUC